AACCCAAAUCCGAUCAUAAGAGCAUGAAGAGAGUCAGAGGUUUUAAAAUUGGACACAGAUUCGUCAAGAUCUUCAAAUGGAUUCGACCCAGAAGAAUUCAAUCAUCGAAACGCCAAUGCCCGACCCGAAUCACCAACCCGAUCGCCGGAAUUCGCUCAUUAGCUCGGUCUCUAAGCCGUGGAGCCAAGAGACUGUGCGGUGGUAAGAAGAGUUCGGGUCAGAGUCAGACCCGUCUGGGUAAGGAUCCGAAGAUGCGGGUUGUUCCUAGGGGACAUUUGGUGGUUCACGUCGGCGAAUCUGACGGCGAUACGCGGCGGGUGGUGGUGCCGGUAAUUUACUUCAAUCACCCAUUGUUCGGAGAGUUGUUGGAGCAAGCGGAGCGGGUUCAUGGGUUUGACCAACCGGGUCGGAUCACUAUUCCGUGUCGGGUUUCUGAUUUUGAGAAAGUUCAGAUGAGGAUCGCCGCAUGGGAUCAGUGCCGCAGGAAGAGAACUUACAAGAUUAUCUAUCUCUCCCUUUUUAAAAUUUCGCCAUCAUCGCAUCUCGAAAAUGCUAAACAAUUCGACCCAACAGAUUCUCGUCAAGCAAAAGCCAAAGGAAACGCCGCCUUCUCCUCCGGAGAUUUCGCCGCCGCAAUUGCACACUUCACGGAAGCGAUCAACCUCUCGCCGACCAAUCAUGUCCUCUAUUCGAAUCGAUCCGCUGCCUACGCUUCUCUCCACCGCUACGCAGAAGCAUUAUCCGACGCGAAGAAGACUGUGGAGCUUAAACCCGAUUGGUCUAAAGGUUAUAGCCGUUUAGGAGCGGCGUACAUAGGUUUGUCUCAGUUCAAGGAAGCGACGGACGCGUAUAAGAAAGGUUUAGAGCUUGAUCCCAACAACGAAACGCUCAAAUCGGGAUUAGCCGACGCGUCGAGACCACGCGCUUCGCCGUCCGCUUUGAAUCCGUUUGUCGAGGCGUUUCAGGGGCCGGAGAUGUGGGCGAAAUUGACGGCGGAUCCGGGGACUAGGGUUUAUUUGCAGCAGCCUGAUUUCGUCAAGACGAUGCAGGACAUUCAGAAGAACCCUAAUAAUCUUAAUCUGUAUAUGAAGGAUAAGAGAGUGAUGCAGGCGUUAGGGGUUUUGUUGAAUGUUAAGUUUGGUGGAUCAAAGGGAGAAGAUUAUGAGGAAUGCAUUCAAGACUGUGACAAGGCCGUUGAAAGAGGCAGAGAGCUUCGAUUUGACUUCAAGAUGAUAGCAAAAGCUCUCACUAGGAAAGGAUCUGCACUGGUGAAAAUGGCGAAAUGCUCAAAAGACUUUGAACCUGCGAUCGAGUCUUUCCAGAAAGCUCUUACAGAGCAUCGCAAUCCGGAUACACUAAAGAAACUGAACGAUGCUGAGAAAGCCAAGAAAGAGCUGGAGCAACAGGAGUACUUUGAUCCUAAGAUAGCCGAGGAAGAGCGUGAGAAAGGUAAUGAGUUCUUUAAGGAGCAAAAGUAUCCAGAGGCAGUGAAGCAUUAUUCAGAAGCAAUUAAAAGAAACCCAGGGGACGUGAGGGCGUAUAGUAACAGAGCUGCUUGUUACACAAAGCUGGGAGCGUUACCAGAGGGAUUGAAAGAUGCUGAGAAAUGCAUUGAGCUAGACUCGAGCUUCACCAAAGGAUACAGCAGGAAAGGAGCGAUUCAGUUUUUCAUGAAGGAAUACGAUAAAGCCAUGGAGACGUAUCAAGAAGGGCUGAAACAUGAUCCCAAGAACCAAGAGUUGCUUGAUGGUGUUAGAAGAUGUGUGGAACAGAUAAACAAAGCGAGCCGCGGUGAUCUGACGCCGGAAGAAUUGAAGGAGAGACAGGCAAAGGCAAUGCAAGAUCCAGAAGUUCAGAACAUAUUGUCGGAUCCGGUGAUGAGACAGGUACUGGUGGAUUUUCAAGAGAAUCAGAAAGCUGCACAAGAGCAUAUGAAGAACCCAAUCGUUAUGAACAAGAUACAGAAGCUUGUUAGUGCUGGUAUUGUUCAGGUCCGAGGAUCUCGCCAUAGCCGGAGUUGGCCAAACAUUUUGGAGGUCAAAAACGAUAUCUUG